AUGGUGCCGCCGCUGCAGCGCCAGCAGGCGCGCUCCCGCUGGACCAGGAUCUCGGCGUGGCUACGCGGCGAGUCGACCCGGACCGAAGCCCCACCAGAUUUGGAGGCAGUGGAGACAGGGCAGGAGGAGGAGACCGACGACAGAAAGCCGGACACAGACGCGACGGAGGUGACUCCCCCGUCGCUCGAGCGGCAGAUGGCGCGAUCGCGCUUCACCGCACGAGUCACCUCCUACUUUGCGAGGAGCACCCGCCGUGCAUCCGCCGCAUCCGCCAUGGAGGGCUCCAAGCGUGUGUCGAUCGCCGGCGGCCGGAUCGCGGUGGCUCAGCGACAGACCGACCGCGUGAUGUGCGGCUUGUGCGUUGUGGUUGUGCUGAUUUUCGCCCUGACGGUUGCGUAUACCAUCUACGAGAUGGUCACGAGGCAUCUCUGGAUAUUCUGA